AUGAAACACUACAAGUUGUACCUGCUGCUGGCUGGUGUCUAUGCCGAGACCGUCGUCGGGCCGCUGGACGAGGACUUGCCCUCGAUGGAGCCCGUUGCUGAUCCAGAGCUCAGUCCGGUCACCGAGGAGAUGUUCUCCUCCUGGGCGCUGUUCAUUCUGCUGUUCCUGCUGAUAUCAGCGUUGUGGUCGAGCUAUUACCUGAGCAGGAGGCGGAUCAGGGCGGUACACGAGACCGUGCUGUCUAUAUUCUACGGUAUGGUCGUGGGGCUUAUCAUCCGGAUGAGUCCCGGGCACUACAUCCAGGACACCGUGACGUUCAACUCCUCUUACUUCUUCAACGUGCUGCUGCCGCCUAUUAUCCUGAACUCAGGCUACGAGCUGAACCAGGUGAACUUCUUCAGCAAUAUAGUGUCCAUCCUGACGUUCGCCAUACCGGGGACGCUGAUAUCCGCAGUGGUCCUCGGGACAAUCCUGUUCAUAUGGACUUCGCUGGGCCUCGAAGGCGUCAACAUAUCCUUUCUGGACGCACUCUCUGUGGGUGCCACCCUCUCUGCCACUGACCCGGUGACUAUCCUUUCGAUCUUCAACGCUUACAAAGUGGACCCUAAACUGUACACCAUUAUCUUCGGCGAAUCGCUGCUGAACGACGCCAUAUCCAUCGUCAUGUUCGAGACAUGCCAGAAGUUCCACGGCCAACCCGCUAAGUUCAGCUCAUUAUUCGCUGGUGCAGGGCUGUUCCUGAUGACUUUCUCCGUCUCGCUGCUGAUCGGUGUGCUGAUCGGUAUGCUAGUGGCAUUGAUACUGAAACACACGCACAUCAGGAGAUACCCACAGAUAGAGAGCUGCCUGAUACUGCUGAUCGCUUACGAGUCGUACUUCUUCUCCAACGGGUGCCACAUGUCAGGUAUCGUCUCCUUACUGUUCUGCGGUAUUACAUUGAAACACUACGCUUACUACAACAUGUCUAGAAGAACGCAGGUCACAGUGAAGUACAUCUUCCAGCUGCUGGCAAGACUGUCUGAGAACUUCAUCUUCAUAUACUUGGGCCUGGCGCUGUUCACAGAGGUCGAGCUGGUCUACAAGCCUCUGCUCAUCAUCGUCACGGCCAUAUCCAUCUGUGUAGCACGGUGGUGUGCCGUGUUUCCUCUGUCGAACUUCGUCAACUGGAUUUACCGUGUGCGCACACUGCACUCUAUCAGACCAUCCGUCGGCGAAAGCAUCGCUGUCCCAGAUGAAAUCCCUUACAACUACCAAGUCAUGACUUUCUGGGCCGGCCUAAGAGGUGCUGUGGGUGUCGCCCUGGCGAUGGGCCUCCAAGGUGAAUUCAAAUUCACAUUGCUAGCAACAGUACUGGUGGUCGUAGUGUUAACUGUGGUCAUUUUCGGUGGUACCACAGCAGGUAUGUUAGAAGUCAUGAAUAUCAAGACAGGCUGCGUGGACAAUGGCGAUCCAGAAGAGGACGAAUUUGAUAUUGAAAAUGUUGGCGAAGAUCCGCUCGAUGACGAACCAUUACAAUUUAACGCUAACUCCAGAAACCUGAUGCGACCAUAUACCGACUUACCAACCCCUGUGGGUAACGUCAGAGAUUUCGAUGAAAACGAUUUCCCAUCAAUGUCUGCAACACCAGACCGGAUGUCUGAACAGGCUGCUAGUUCACAGAGGCCUUCUGGCGAACGGACGAACUUGAAGGAUGCCAUUGGAAAUAUGCUCCGGACUGACUCGCAAUGGUUCCAAAAUUUCGAUGAGCAAGUCUUGAAACCAGUGUUCUUAGACAGUACUUCUUCCCCCAUGACAAAUAGGGACGAAGGUUUGAACAGUAACAGAGAUUCUCCUAGAUUUAUGUCAUCUCGUAAAUAA